GGCGACCACGAACGGAGGGCGACAUUCAGAGCCAGGACCUGAAGUACAAUUCGAAUCUGCACCAGGGCGCAAGCCACUGUCAGGAUCCAGAAACUCGGGCAGUUCCACCUGUGAGCAUGGCUGUGAGGUGGAGUAACACUAGUUGCCCCUGCAGCAUCACAGAAGACCAGCCCAUCCUGAGAGGCCACUGGGAGGAAAAAUGGCCAACGAUACACCAGGCUUCUACAUGGACAAACUUAAUAAGUACCGCCAGAAGCACAGAGUAACCAUUACGUAUAAAGAACUUACUACUACAGGACCUCCACACGACAGAAGGUUUACGUUUCAAGUUAUAAUAGACGAGAAGAAAUUCCCAGAAGCCGAAGGCAGAUCAAAGCAGGAGGCAAAAAAUGCUGCUGCCAAAUUAGCUGUUGAUAUACUUACUAACGAAAACAAGGUGGAUAGUCACACGGAUACUCCUGAACAUGGGUCAUUUGUUGGGAACUACAUAGGCCUUGUCAAUAGUUUUGCCCAGAAGGAAAAGCUGUCUGUGAAUUAUGAACAGUGUGACCCCGACUCUCAGUUGCCUCAAAGAUUUAUUUGUAAAUGCAAAAUUGGGCAGACUACGUAUGGUACUGGCUCAGGUGCUACCAAACAGGAGGCAAAGCAGUUAGCUGCCAAAGAAGCGUACCAGAAGCUGGUAGAGAAAAGCCCAGUGAAAUCUGUCAGAGCAUCCUGGAGCCUUGCCACAUCUCCAUUCAGUGACUACAGCAGCUCGGCUAUGACAGAUAACUGUGCUUCCCAGUCAGCAUCUGGAAGUUUUUCCUCAGGGAUCAUAUUUACGAAUGGUCUCACAGAAAAUAAAAGGAAAUCAGGAGUAAAAGUGCCACCUAGCGAUGUGCUAAGUAAUAAAUAUACCUUGGACGCCAGGUUUAAGAACGAUUUUGAAGACAUAGAAGAAAUUGGCUCAGGUGGAUUUGGCCAAGUUUUCAAAGCAAGACACAGAAUUGAUGGAAAAACAUAUGCUAUUAAGCGCGUUAAAUAUAACACCGAGAAGGUGGAGCGUGAAGUACAAGCGCUGGCAGAACUCAAUCACGUCAACAUUGUUCAAUACUGUUUUUGUUGGGAGGGAGAGGACUAUGACCCCGAGCAAAGCAGGAGUGAUUCAAGUCGAUACAAGACCCGGUGCCUCUUUAUUCAAAUGGAAUUCUGUGAUAAAGGAACUCUGGAGCAAUGGAUGGAAAAGAGAAGUCAAGUGGACAAAGCUUUGACUUUGGAGUUAUAUGAACAAAUAGUGACAGGGGUGGAUUAUAUACAUUUGAAAGGUUUAAUCCAUAGAGAUCUUAAGCCAGGUAAUAUAUUUUUAGUAGAUGAAAAACACAUUAAGAUUGGAGACUUUGGCCUUGCAACAGCCCUGGAAAAUCAUGGAAAAUCCCGAACAAGGAGUAUAGGAACUCCUUCAUACAUGAGUCCAGAACAGUCAUCUUUAGAGCAAUAUGGAAAAGAAGUGGACAUCUUUGCUUUGGGUCUUAUUCUAGCUGAACUUCUCCACAUGUGCUGCACUGGUUCAGAAAAAUCAAAGCUUUUCCAAAAUGUAAAACGUGGCAUCUUCCAUGAUGAUAUAUUUGACUACAAAGAAAAAAGCCUUCUACGGAAAUUACUCUCAAAGAAACCCAUGGACCGACCUGAGACAUCUGAAAUCCUGAAGACCUUGGCUGAAUGGAAGGACAUCUCAGAGAAAAAGAAAAGAAACACAUGUUAGGGCCUUUCUGAAAAAAAAAUCAAAAAAACAAAAAAAAACGUUUCUCUGAUAUGUGGUUUUCCUUUAACUAUCUGCAGUCUGAGGUGGAAUAUCAGUGAAUAUUGUAUUUCUUUCCUUAAGUUAAUAACACUUUCCCAGAUAGGUUUUGGUUAGGGUGACCCACAAAUAUUGUAUUUAUUGGCCUUUCUCAAUUGUUAAUUGCUGGGCCUAUGGCUAGCUAGCCAAAUAUGUAAAUGUUUCUCAUCUGCCCAAAGAGAAAGGCAAGCCCCUGUGGGGAAGGUCACAGAGUACCCACUGCUAACUGGAUGAUUAAGGACCCUGGCUUUUUGCAUAAUAAAAAGCUGGUAGCCAGAGCUAGGCAGAAGGACCUGUAGAGACACAGAUAGAGACACAAAGGCAGGGACUAGAAUGGAGCAGGGAGGCAGGGAGAGAGAGAGAGAGAGAGAGAGAGAGAGAGAGAGAGAGAGAGAGAGAGAGAGAGAGAGAGAGAGAGAGCGCCACAUGAAGAAACAAAAUGGCAGAAUAGUAGGCUUAAGUUAGAUGGGCUACCUGAGAGACUGUCCCAGAAAACAGGCCAACAGCCUUAUACUAUACAGAUGACUCAAUGUCUUCCUGUUGCUUCAAAAAGAAGCUUAUAACCUUAAUUUUUUUUUUUUACAAUUCCAUACAUGUAUUGCAUUCUGAUCACACUUUGAACCCUCUGCUGUUUAUGCCUUGUCUGUCAUGUGAACUGCUGCCUCUGAAUGUAGGAGUUCAAGUUAAUCCAUCUGUUCUUAAGUUGCUUCUCUCAGGUAGUCAGUCAUUGUGAUAAGGAAAAUAAUGAAAUGGUACCAGAAGUGGGGUUGUAUUGCAACAAACCUACUGUUAGGCCUUCAGAAUUGGUUUGUGGGAGGAAUGUGGAAAAGUUUGAAGCAGCAGGCUAGAGAUGUCCUCAAAUGGUAUACAUCAAACUUAAUGUGGUAGCUCAGAAGUCUCCGAGAAAAAGGAACCCAUUGGGAAUUUGACUAGAUACAGGGCAUUUGUGUAAAAUUCAAAAGACUGGUGGGGGAAAUUUGAGGCUAUGGCAUGGUGGUUGUCUCCUGCUUUUAACCAGAGUUACAGUGCAAAUUUGGAAGGAGUGAGUGGAAAGAUGUGAGAAAAACAAAGUUCUGGGAAAUGGCACCUUUAAAGACAAAGCAGGUGUAGAGCUGUUAAAAUGAUUAGUGCACUAAGAGAAAUCAUGCUCAAUACAUUGCUGGUAUCAUAGGAGCAAGACUACACCUGUGGAUGGCUGCACAAUGUGAAAAUGAAAAGCCAUUUAAAGAUCUUUCAUUUCAAAAGUUCAAACAGAAAUAUACAGAAUAUAGAUAUAUAUAAAUAUAGAGAAUGCUAUAGCCAUAGCCCAAAGUUUAUGCUUCAAGAUGGUGGCAGGACUUGGCAUCAUCUGCAUAAUGCUGGUUUUACAGGAAAGCACAAUGUAAGGGUCACAGGGGCAGAGACACUUGUCCCAUAGUUCCAUAACAAGCCUGUGGGGACAACGUAUAAUAGGUGGUCAGAUUCCUUGAAGAACGGCUCAGAGAGGCUGUGUGAAGAUAUAAAGGUGAAACCUAAGUUUUAUUUAUGACCCCAGGAUGUGGGAGAUGACAAGAACAUAGAACAUCUGUUAAAGAAGCAGUUGGUACUGAUUGGAGAAAGCUUGUACACACUUUAGGCAGCCUGGGCUGUAAGAAGCCUAUUGGAGCGUGGGGCAGUGGACUGUGCCAGGAAACUUGGUGAGGUUGAACAGGUCAGAAGCUCUGGAACCCAGAGGGGAUGGUAGGAGCUUCACCUGCUUUCUUGUGACCACACUCCCCACAUAGGAACUGGUAUAGAUCUGAAUGAGUUCUCCAUGCUAAUGAGGUAUCUAGAGGCCCCAAGCACUUAGCCAAUAAACUUCCCUUCCCAGACAUUCCUUCCUGCAAAAGGUAUUUAAUCUCUGGCCCACCCUAAGGAGGUGGUAUGUAUCCAUUUUCCACAAUGAACAGUCAAUAAAGUUUGGAACCAAGGACUGUCUCUCUCAUCAAGAACUUCAGUGGGGAGCAUGAAGAGAGCCUAUGUUUACAUCAGCUAAGCCUCUUGAGAAGGCCCCUCCAUACUCCUGUACUCCCAGACAAUCUGCAGCUAAGCCGGAUUCCCCAUAUCCACUAUCCACCACCCCCGUAUACUCCCCUGCCCCAAGCUCCUCAGCCCCAGGACCCAAAUCUGUUCCCAGCUCCCCAUUAUCCAGUGGCAUCUGGAUGUCCAGGAGUUUGGGAGUUCCCUUGCCCCGACCCCUACCCCAGGCUCAUUUUAGGCCAGUAGACUCCUACCCUCUGUUCCUGACUCCUUCUGCAUGGUUUCCAGAGGUGACUAGACACCUUGGAGCUUGGGAACCCCAGUUUUGGCCUUCCACAUCUUAGGCUGCAUUUUCCUACCUGGAUCAGUAUAUCGGUGCUUCCUGUGAGACAGUGGGUAUGGGGUAAAUGCAAUAUGGCGCUCCUGCAGCCGAAACUGAGCAUGGCCUGUUUCACCUGCCAGAGCUGCACUCCCACACCCCAGUGGCAGGGUGAAACUGAAACCACCUUGGAGUUCAGAUAAUGCUGCUGUGCAUUCCAGACAAUGGACACAGAGAUGCAGCCUGUGUUUGUCUACUUGGAUUUAGCCUUGUAGAGGUCCAGUCUUUCUUUGUUGUUCUCUUAGACUUGCUUUGUGUAAUAGUGAUUGUUACUUUGUGCCUUUGCUUUCGUUUUUAUAGGCCUCACAGUUAAGAGUUUUCCUUUGCUUCUCAAAGCACUUUGGGCUUUUGAAUGGAGCUGAAUAUUAAGAUUAUGGGACUGAGGUGGGACUGAAUGCAUUUUGCAUUAUCAAAUGGCCAUGAGCCAACAGAGACAUGGACAGGCUUUACCAAAUGAGGCUUCAAAUCUUUCCUGUCAUGUAGGAUUGUAUCGUCUGACAUUGAGUCUAAAUAAAUAAAUAAAUCUCUCCUUCCUUAA